AAAUCCCAAAGUUGGAUUCAUAACAAGGAACAGCUGUUUAGCGCCAGAUUGUAUAUUUUAUUUUUGGCAUAUUAAACAUACGGAAAUUGCAAAACAUAAACAAAUUAUUUUUAGAAAACUAAACAAGCAAUAUUUGCAUUUCACAUACAUACAUAUUCUCUUUGGAUCUUUGCCGCUCCACUUGUAGACACAGCCAAUAUACAGCGUCAUCGUCACAGUUCCUACCACUACGAUAGAAAUAGCGCCAAUUCAGGUGUUGUAAACGUAAUAAAUCGGAGUCAUUGUAUAUGCGAGAGCUGAAGCUGAAAGGAGAGUACCCAGAGGCGACAUAGAUUGUUGGCCGUCAGCUACGACAACAUUCCCAGGAGAAGGCUCUGCUAUCGCUUGCCAAUUACAAAUAGCCAUAGCAUUAGUCAAAUGUGUGCUACCGCAGCAUUUGAAGCAGCUGUUGCACACGCAUUAGUGUUUUGUCUUGCCCGCAAAUUUCGUUACAAUAGAAUUUAAUUUAAUUGAAAUCAAGUGCCAUAAUUAAUGAGAUAUUUCAAAAUCAAAACAAAACGAAAACGUCGACGCAGACAACGGCGAGUAGGGCCCAAAGCAAUACGGCGCUCACCAACAAGUCAUCUGUGGCCAAUAGAGCGCACCAAACACGUUUGUAUAUUCGCUGGGCCGCACAGAAGUGUGCCGCACGCUAACGCAUUUAGAUGUUCUCAGAGUGGAAGUGCAUAUACUUAGAGCCAGAAAAGUAUAUACGGACAUUUAAGGGCCUAUUUGGAAUGAUAUUCUGAGUGGACCAAACCCCGAAAGUCUAUCCAUACUGUGUAUGUUGAGUAAUUGCAAGCCGUUCGAUUUUUAUAAUUCGCAUUGUGACCACAUUCCCAGUUGGUGUACGUCUGUAAUUGAUGAAAGUGGGCAAAUGUGAGGUGAAAACGCGUGUGUUAAAACAUUUUUUUUUAAAUAUGUAUAUGUAUGUAUGUACAAGCCAUUUACAUAAAUACAUGCAUUCAUUCAAGAUUACAAUUUUAAAAUCGUCUAAGAAAGUUAAAAAUUACUGCAUUCUAAGGCACAGUAACGAAAAAAGCACAAGAGCCAACAAGUUAUAUUAAAACAUUGAUGCUUGUUAAUAUUCUGCCAACUCAGUCAGAAAAUUUUGGUCAACCAGAAGCAAAACUCAACAGUUAACAUAAUAUACUUAAACUACUCGCCAAACACAACGCCACGUGUAUUUGACAACUCAAAUAGUUUCAAUAUAAUAAAUUAUAAUAUAAAAAGCAUAUAGAACACCAGCUGCAGGCGCACCGCCAAUUUAAAAUUAAAAAUAAAUUAUUUUAACCGUUUAACACUUCACCUCGGCGUACGCCAUCCAAACGCAGUAGGCGAACAAAAGUGCGAAAACGAAAGGCUAUUUUAAGGGCUGAAGGAAAAUUUAAAAAAUCACUAUGCUGUCACCAAUGUUAUUAGCCAUACUGAGUUUAUCAACUGCAUAAAGAGACGUUGCAAGGGUCAAAAUCAACGACGACGUAGUAGUACAAUCAUCAGCAGCUGCCGGCAAAUUUCGCGACUGAUGACGCUUUCAAUGGUGAUGGCACGUAGACAAUAUCAACAAAAACUGCUGUAGACAAAAUUUAUAGCCUCGAAGGCAUAGCAAGACGCAAGCAACGGCUCUACAGUUGUGCUGGCAUUUGCAGAUUAUAGCUAAGAGUUUAAUUUGUUGUUUUGAAUUGGCGGCAAGGGUAGCCUAUGAAUUCGCUGCUUUUCAUAUCAUUUUGUUGAGUGUGGAGAGCAAAUUUCAACCGACCAGUGACAGACGUACACUUUGCUUUGAGUGAGCAAACAAUGAGUGAUAGCUUUUCAAGAGCAUCGCUAUCCAAAAAUUGAGAUACAUAGGCAACUGCUUUAAAGUUUAAUUAAUUUGUUUAAUUUAAAAGCAAAAUUUCCGCUUGUAGUCGUGAAACAGUAUAAUUAAUCGCCCAAUGGCUGCAAACAAGCGUACUAUUGGUAUAGUUGUCGCUCUGGUGAGUCUGGUCUGUUUAGUUGUUGGCGCCAAUUUCUACUUCAUGUACUAUCUAAACGUAGAAGAAGUGCCACAUGUGAGCAGCACACGCGCCUUGGAGAAUAUGAUACGUCAGAAAAUACGCGAGUUGCAUCCAGCAUAUUUGAACAGAAACCCGCGACUCUUCAUGUACCGCAAUAAAUUGUUGAAAAAUUAUAAACCUGCACCAUAUGAAAAUGCAUCCGUCCUCUGGGAUAUUGCCAACUGGUGGCCACAAGAAAAUGAAAUUUAUCCAAUCUACGACACCUCUACGGCUCAAUUGCUGCAGACGUUGCGCCUUGAACCGAUCACCAAAGUCACAAAUUUGGCACGUGGCACACAAUUAAAAUUGCUUGUGCGUUUGGCGAACAAACAGAAAGUAAUCUUCAAACCGCAAUGGUAUGAACGCGACGCAGUAAUCGACGGACCCGUAUAUGCUGGCAAAGAUCGUCACACCGCUGAAGUGUACGCCUUCUAUUUGGGUGCCGUGCUAGACCUGAGGUGGACGCCAAUAGUAGUGGGACGAGUGGUAAAUUUGAAAACAGAUAUAUAUGACAAAGGUGACAACGAGCUUAAGAAUUCAAUGACAAUCACGGAAGUGGAGAAUGGUACUGAACAGUAUUGCCUUUUUGGCAAAUGCCACUACUGCAACGAGGAGGAAACGGUGUGCGGCGAUGAGCAUAAUAACAUAGAAGGUGUGCUUUUAUACAUUAUACCAGGCUCAUUAGCCAAGCGACGAUCGCCAUGGCAGCGAACCUACAAGGAGGAUAAACGGGCGCCCUGGGAGGAUGACAUGAACUAUUGCAAGCCACUUAAAGACAAAAUGGAAACAAUUCGUUUGCUGGACCUCAUCGAUGCUGCAAUAUUUGAUUAUUUGAUACAAAACGGCGAUCGCCAUCACUACGAAACGCGUGAAGAACGUGUGGUGCUUAUAGACAACGGUAAAGCUUUCGGGAAUCCAAAUAAAGAUCAUCUAGAUAUAUUAGCACCGCUCUAUCAGUGCUGUUUAAUAAGAAAAACGACGUGGGACCGACUGCAAGUGUUUUCUGGUGGCGUGCUUACUGAGCUGAUUGACCGCCUUUCAAAGCACGAUGCGCUUUUUCCCCUGAUUACAGACAAGCACAAACGCGGCGUAGAACGCAGACUCCUUGUUGUUUAUGCAGUUGUGGAAUAUUGUAUGGACAGAGAAGGUGACAAAAUGUUUAAACAGCUGUAACUGUUGUUAAAUUAGCAGAACUUCUGAACAAG